UCUCUUUCACAACGCUAUAACCUACUCACAACAGCAACAAGCCACCCCAAGAAUGUCCUCCCUCGCCUCCUGUAUCUUUUGCAAGAUUGUCAAGGGUGAAAUCCCUUCUUUCAAGCUCAUUGAAUCGGAGUCUAUCCUCGCUUUUAUGGAUAUUGGACCUAUUUCCAAGGGCCACUGUCUUGUCGUUCCCAAGUACCACGCUGCGAAGCUUGCCGACCUUCCUGACGACCAGAUGAGCGAGAUUCUCCCCGCUCUCAAGAAGCUCGCUAUCGCUACCGGCGCCGAGAACUACAACAUUCUCCAAAACAACGGCAGACCCGCUCAUCAAGAAGUCGAUCACGUCCAUUUCCACGUUAUUCCCAAGCCUGCUGAUGCUGGAGACAAGGAGGGUUUGGUCGUUGGAUGGCCCGGUCAAAAAACUCCUAUGGAUGAGAUUAAGAAGACCUUUGAGGAGAUCAAGAGCAAGCUUUAAUAUGUCUUCUGGAUCACUAUCGACAAGAGAGGGGUGUACUGUCGGGGGCUAGAAGAGCAUUUGGGCGGUGAGAUGAAAGGGAAAGCAGCAUGUAUGAAGUGUUUUAACCAAUCUUCUACAGGAAGUCGAUGCUCCUUGGUUCCAAAUUGCAGGCCGACUUUCAAUUUUGGCCCUUAUGAAACACCAUCUCACCCCAAGAUCCCUUGUUCCACGACGGCCAUAUCUCCAUCGUUUGUCAAUUCAUCUAUCGACUAUUGAAG